AUGUCUCACUUACAACUCAUUCUUGAUCGACUUAUUGCUGAAAACCUUCAUGAGCCAAUAACCAAUACUUUACCAUCCCUUACCACUUUUGCUUCCAUUUCGCCUCGUUCUAAUCAAGAUGAUUUAGAUGCAGAAGAUUCAAGAUGGCUAAGUUUAUUUGUAGAAUAUUUUUUGGAAAAUAGCGAUAGUAAAAAUGAUGAUUUGUUGUUUUUCGUUAGACAAAUGCAUCCGGAAAAUGAAAGUUUGGAUCCAGUAUUUGUAAAAAGAAAAGUCGCUCCUAAUACGAUGCCCCCUUUGGAUCAUCCUAGCAGUAUGACAUGUUCAAAAAAACAUGUAUCAAAACGUGUAUAUGCGUUACCAACAAAAUCACGAAUGGAUGUUAAAGAUUCGUCGAUGGAAUGUUCAUACCCACUUAUUUAUUAUGUUAUUGAUGAUUAUGAGGAUAUGUUUGAAAAUUUGAUCGUGUCACAAGAUGAAUAUUUAUGUGUAGAAAGGUCAAUGACAAAUAAUCUUUUCCCGCAACAAAAAGAUACAAAAGUUAUUUUGUUUCAAGGUGCUGCAUCUUAUACUUCUUUAUUAGACGUUUAUCAACAAAAGGCUGACGGCAAAUUAAAUAGGAGGUUUAAAAUAGGUCCUACCACUCCUCCAACUGAAUAUGUUAUGAUGAGAGGUCCACAUGGGAAAGGUGAAUCAAUUGCAGAACAAGAACAAGAGAUGUCAGAAAUCGCCAACCUUCCAACAAAUAUUUAUAAUAAUAACCACUACACAAAUAACGCGACUUCUAAAUCUAAUUCUGCUUAUAAUAAUGAUGGUAACAACAUUCAUAAUAACAAAUCAGCAACAAUUAGUACACCUCAAAGAUCAAAUUCUACAAAUUCAUUUUUUCAAUCUUUAAAAAGAUUAUCACAGUCAAUAACUGAAAAACAAACCUUAUCAAAUACCGAGAAUUUAAAAUGUUGCAUGACAUUUGUUAACGUACCUUGGGCUAGUAUAAUUUCAGAUCUUAUAGCGCAUGCAAAAAAAAGACAACAACGAUAA